AUGGAAUUCUCGAGUAAUAUGUCUGAUGCAGACAAUCGUGUGAUACUGAACGUAGGGGGCAUCCGGCACGAAACUUAUAAGGCCACCCUGAAGAAAAUUCCAGCUACUCGCUUAUCCAGGCUGACCGAGGCGUUAGCCAACUACGACCCCGUGUUAAACGAAUAUUUUUUCGACAGACAUCCGGGCGUGUUCGCUCAAAUUCUCAAUUAUUAUCGUUCAGGGAAACUUCACUACCCGACAGACGUGUGUGGACCUCUUUUCGAGGAGGAGUUAGAAUUCUGGGGACUGGACUCCAACCAGGUUGAACCGUGUUGCUGGAUGACUUACACCAGCCAUCGAGAUACACAAGAUGUCCUCACCAUACUCGACCGCCUUGAUUUGGACACUGAUAAACCCACGGAAGAGGAUAUCAUGAAAAAGUUUGGUCUAGAGGACGAAUAUAAAUCGGGAGAAUUAAAUUGUUGGCAACGAAUUCAACCAAAAAUUUGGGCUUUAUUCGAUGAGCCUUAUUCAUCUACUGGAGCAAAGAUUAUAGCAGUUAUAUCAGUGUUCUUCAUAGUUAUCUCCAUCUUAUCUUUUUGUUUGAAGACUCAUCCUGACAUGCGAGUCCCCGUCUUAUUCAACACCACAUCAAAGAUGGCCGACGGCAACACCACUUGGCGAUUACAGAAAAAAGAAACGGAACCGCACGAAGCGUUCUUCUAUAUCGAGUGUGCUAGCAACGCCUGGUUUACCUUUGAAAUCAUCAUACGUUUCAUCGUGGCCCCUACGAAAUUAGAUUUUUUACGGGCUCCUGUGAACAUCAUUGACAUAGUGGCCACUUUGUCUUUUUAUUUAGAUUUUAUGCUGACCAAGCUUCAGCAAGAAAGUGACAUUUUAGAAUUCUUUAGUAUUAUUCGUAUCAUGAGAUUGUGUAAGCUCACGCGGCAUAGUGCAGGAUUAAAAAUCCUGAUCCAUACAUUCAAGGCUAGUGCAAAGGAACUAAUUCUUCUCAUCUUUUUCUUGGUCUUGGGUAUUGUGAUCUUCGCUGCCCUGAUAUACUAUGCGGAAAAAAUCCAAUACAACCCCGAAAAUGACUUUGAGUCCAUACCUGUGGGCUUAUGGUGGGCUAUCGUUACCAUGACUACCGUAGGCUAUGGAGAUAUGGCACCAAAGACAUAUGUAGGGAUGUUUGUGGGAGCUCUAUGUGCAUUAGCUGGUGUGUUGACCAUAGCUCUACCCGUUCCUGUAAUCGUCAGCAACUUUGCUCUCUUCUACUCACAUACUCAAGCACGCUCUAAACUACCCAAAAAACGUAGGAGAGUCUUACCAGUCGAGGCACCACGACCCAAAGGACCUAAACCAAUGGGAGGCGGUGGGCCUGGAGGAGCCCAGAAUCGCAGGAUGAACGCCAUCAAACACAAUCAUCAAGGUUCGCUAGACGUGAAGGUCAAUCGAAUAGUGCAAGGAGGAGCCUUGCAGGAGUUAAUGCCAUUCCGUAGUAAGUCAACCUUUCUCGGUACUGCUUGCAUGUCUCUUUACAAAACUUCCCAAUGGAUGAUUUUUCAACUUCGCUUGAUGCAUAGUUAUGAUUUUUGA